UCCGGCUCCCUCCUCCAGACUCCAAACUCCACCGAGCAGCUGGAGGACGGUUGCUUGGUAUUAUUAGCAAGCGGGAAGUAUGGCGGUGGCGCGCGUCGACGCGGCUUUGCCUCCUGGAGAAGGAUCAGUGGUCAACUGGUCAGGACAGGGACUACAGAAAUUAAGUCCAAACUUACCUUGUGAAGCUGAUAUUCAUACUUUGAUUCUGGAUAAAAAUCAGAUUAUUAAAUUGGAAAAUCUUGAGAAAUGCCGACGAUUAAUACAGUUGUCAGUGGCUAAUAACCGGCUGGUGCGAAUGAUGGGUGUGGCCAAACUGACCCAACUCCGGGUGUUAAAUUUGCCUCAUAAUAGCAUUGGAUACGUGGAAGGGCUGAAGGACCUAGUACAUUUGGAAUGGCUGAAUUUGGCAGGAAAUAAUCUGAAGGCCAUGGAGCAAAUGAGUAGCUGCGCAGCUCUACAACACCUUGAUUUAUCAGACAAUAACAUACCCCAGAUAGGUGAUCUAUCUAAAUUGGUAUCACUGAAGACCCUGCUUUUACAUGGAAACAUCAUCACCUCUCUUAGAAUGGCACCUGCUUAUCUACCCAGAAGUCUUGCUAUACUUUCCUUGGCAGAAAAUGAAAUUCGGGACUUAAAUGAGAUCUCUUUCUUGGCAUCCUUAACUGAAUUGGAACAGUUAUCCAUCAUGAACAAUCCUUGUGUGAUGGCAACACCAUCCAUUCCAGGAUUUGACUAUCGGCCAUACAUUGUCAGCUGGUGCUUAAACCUCAGAGUCCUAGAUGGAUACGUGAUUUCUCAGAAGGAAAGUUUGAAAGCUGAAUGGCUCUACAGUCAAGGCAAGGGGAGAGCAUACCGGCCAGGCCAGCAUAUCCAGCUUGUGCAGUAUCUGGCUACCAUCUGUCCUCUAACUUCCACACUGGGUCUUCAAACUGCAGAGGAUGCCAAACUAGAGAAGAUUCUGAGCAAACAGAGGUUUCACCAGAGACAAUUGAUGAACCAAAGCCAAAGUGAAGAGCUAGCCUCUCUUGCUCCUGUUGAUACAAAAGCACCCCUUGUACCUGAGCAUUCAAGCCCUGUUCAAGAUGGCCAGAUAGUCGAGGAAAGCGAACCCGUCAUCCAAGUCAAUUCUUGGGUUGGGAUUAAGAGUAACGAUGAUCAAUUAUAUGCUGUUAAGAAUAACUUUCCAACCUCUGUACACACUACAAGAUAUUCUCGAAAUGAUCUGCACUUGGAAGACAUACAGACAGAUGAGGACAAGUUAAACUGUAGUCUUCUCUCUUCAGAGUCCACUUUUAUGCCAGUUGCUUCAGGACUCUCUCCAGUAUCACCUACAGUUGAGCUGAGGCUACAGGGCAUUAACUUGGGCCUAGAAGAUGAUGGUAUUGCAGAGGAAUCUGUGAAAGGGCUGGAAAACCAGGACUUUAAUAAGGAAGAGGAAAAGGCGUUUUGGACUACAAAUGAGAAUUCUGUUCAAAUGAAGGAAAGUGUCAUCCCUACAGAGGUAAAUGAGAAAGAUGGGCUCUUACCAUGUCUGGAGCCAACAGUAACUAGUGCUGUCUUGAAGGAUGACGCCCAUGGUCUUACAUCUUUUCCUGAGUCAGUUGGACACAGUGUUUUCCAUACACAGCCAGGCAGCGGAGAAUCUGUAGCUUCAGAGAAACUUCCCUGUGGGGUUUUAACCCAGAGAUCUGUUGCUUUGGGACAAGAUAAAGUUGCCCUUCAGAAAUUAAAUGAAGCAGCCACGAAACUUCAGGCCUAUUGGCGGGGCUUUUAUGUCAGGAACUACAACCCCCAAGCUAAAGAUGUGCGUCAUGAAAUUCGGCUGCGCAGAAUGCAGGAACACAUUGUUUGCUUAACUGAUGAAAUAAGGAGAUUAAGAAAAGAAAGAGAUGAAGAACGUAUUAAAAAAUUUGUACAAGAAGAGGCUGUCAGAUUCCUUUGGAACCAGGUAAGGUCUCUACAAGCUUGGCAACAGAUGGUGGAUCAGCGUCUAAGUUCUUGGCAUACUGAUGUUCCUCCUGUAUCAAGUACUCUUGUGCCCUCUAAACAUCCAUUAUUCACCCAAAGUCAGGAGCCCUCUUCUGAUCAAAAUUCUGAUUGGUUCAUUGCUCCUGAGGAGGCUCCUCAAGAGAAAUCUUUACCAGAAUUUCCAGACUCUGGUUUUCAUUCUUCCCUAACAGACCAAGUUCACUGUUUGCAGGAUUCUCUGGAUUUUGAGAAAAGUUCCACAGAAGGCAGUGAAAGUUCCAUAAUGGGGAAUUCCAUUGACACAGUCAAAUAUAGCAAAGAGUCAGAUACAGGGGAUGUCACUAAUGAACACAGUGAAUGGAAUAAGGAAAGCUUAAACAAUGAGCAGGAUAAUAGUCUACUUGAGCAGUAUUUAACUUCAGUUCAACAGCUAGAAGAUGCUGAUGAGAGGACAAAUUUUGAUGAAGGGACAGGAGAUAGUAAGCUUGACAUACCUUCUUCCCCUGAAAAGUUAGAUGCUUUGUCUGAUGGUGCUUCUGAUGAUACUCAUGGCAUAUCUCCUACUUUGCAAGAUGAAAUCAGCCAGGCACCAGAAAAUUGUAAAUUAAAUGCUGAAGUUCAAGGGCAACAGUCAGACUGUGAUUCUAAAUUUCAGGUAUUGCAUGUUGGUAUUACAGUGUAGCAUGUGUGGUUGCUUGGGAGGAGAAAGCUUCUUAAGAAUUUCAGUUGUCUUUUUUUUUUUUUUUUUGUGAAGGGGAAUAUCACCCCAUUUUUCUUACUAUUUAUAUAUAAUUUGUAUUCUUAUCUCAUGUUUUUCAUAUUUUAGAGACUGGGCUGAAUCUUCAUUUUGAUUUUAUUAGCUAUUAGCUGUAAUCUGUCAAACAAUAUUUAUGUUGAAAGCUAUAUGCACUUUAUUUCAUAAUAACUGAAUUGCAUCAACAGUGUUCUUGUUUUUUAAUGUACUCAUUUCCUUUAAAAAAAUAAACUAGAAUAUCUUUCAAGAAAAUUGAAUAGUUUACCUUAAAGAUAUAUAUAAGAGAAGUUAGAUUUUUCUGUAUGUGAGGAAAUUGAUUAUGCAGUAAGGAAUGCAACUUGUUAAAGUGAGUGUAGAUGACAAGUAUAAGGACUGUGAACUAUAGAAAUUUUUCCAGCCUCCUUGGAAUAAGAACAUAUAUUUUUAAGCCAUUUGUCCUCCCUUAUGAAUCAAGAAAAGCCUUCUUAUGAGCAAAUAGGGAGAAAAGGUAAGAUUAUAAGGUUUUUCAGAGGAAAUGAAUAUAAUUGACUCAUGGAAAACUUUAAUGCCAUCUGUCAGUUUUAACAUAUGAAGUAAAGUGUUCCAUCUGGAAUUAAAAUCAAGCUUAUUUAAAGAGGCAUGACUAGAAUAUCUCUUAGAUGUGGAGAAAGCAGAUGCUAGGCUCCAUUUGCUUGGAAUAAUGUCACAGCAGACAUUAUCUUUUCAUUCAGUGCUUUUUUACCCUACAGAUAAGCAUUUAUGUGCCAACUUCCUUGCCAGAAAUUAACAUAUGUUCAUCUUCUCUGACCCUGCAUUAUAUUUGCUUAUGUAUUUCAGCAGAAGGUCCAUGGCCAUUUACUUCAUUUUUUGACCUCCGCUUCACAAUGAAGAACAUUUAAAAUAAUAUUAAUGGUAGAAUAUGACUUUUUAAAAGGUCUAUUUUCUAUCCAAAUCUCUGGAAAAGUGCCACAUUUGGAAGGCAAUUUAGUGGUGGUUAAAAAAAUAUAAACUUCACUUAUUUCUUGUUAAGAAGAAUAUAUAUCUGUAACUUCAGGAAGAAAUGAUAAUAUUGUGUUGAAUGUUAUUAAUGGGUGCAUUUGCAAAUCAAGGAAGCUUAAUAUAUUAAUCUUUGAGAAUGUUGUAGUAUCAUUGAACAGCAUAUAUCUGAUUUCCCCUAAUCUUUGGACAUACAACUAUUUAAAACUAUGGCAAUACUUAAGUGUUCUAAAUUUAGGUGCUAAAUAUCUAUUCAUUUUUCUGUUACAGUCACUAGAUCCCUUUCUUCGAAGUUAUAUAAAAUAAAAACUUAUGAUCCUUCAAGAAUAAAGUUAGGGAUUACAUGUUAUACUUUGUUGAUAGCUAGAAACUUUUCUCCGGUAUGGGUAAGAUGUAUUUUUCUUGGUUUAUAAAUAUGUAGCACUCAGGUUGAGAAGACUUAGAUUUCAUUCUCAGAAAUUCAGAGUCUCUUGAAAAGGAAAUAUUUUCUGUCUCUUAUAAAUGAAACAGCCGUCUUACAUUCAAAAUUUUCCAUACUGAAGCAUGUGUAAUGUUGAAUGCACAUUAAAUAAAAAUAGAAUUUUUUACUUUUUGAAUAAUGCUAAUUAUCUUUUAUGGGUGAUUUUGAAUUUCUUCUUAAAUAUACCCUAUUUUUCUAUUUUACAGUUAAGUGCCUCAUUUGCUGCCCAUAGUUAGAAAAAACAACUUGCACUGCACUAAAUACCAAAGUGCUGAUUUAUGGUACAUUAAUUUCUCAUAAAAGUCCCUAAAAUGUUGUGGUUCAGUAUUGCCUAAGUAGGUUUCUGCUGAUAUCUUCUCCCUCUUUUUCUAAGAAAUGGCACAGUACAACUAAAUUCAUUGAAUAUUAGUGUUUGUCGGCAAGAUUUCCUUUUUUUACCUUUGCUUUGUUUUUCUAGCCAAUAAAUAAUAUUAGUAUGCUUUUAUUUUAAAAUUGACAGUUUAUAGUAAUGGUUAAUGUUCUGCUCGUCAUUAGAUUUAACUUUACUAGUGUUUUGAAGUGGAAGAAUAUUCAGUUGCUCCCUACUCAACUGUAUAGAUUAUUUUGAAUGUAGAUAGAAUGAAAAUAAUGUAAAUUAGAAUGCAGGAAAAUUGUGGCAGAGACAAUAUAUUUUAAUAAGUUUACAGUGUAAUAUAAAAUAACUUAUGUAAUUAAGUUAAGAUAUUUGGUGUUAUGUCAUGGGCUAUUCAUUGGUCUGGCUAAAGAGAGAAUGAAUCUAGUAAAGUUUGGGAAGUUGAGCUUUAACAUGGUCUUUGUGUUUUUUCUUAUAGGAGAGGAGGAUUAGUUUAGCUGUGUUAUUUUAGUUCGUAUCAGUUUUCUUUAUAUAUAGAAAAUUCAAUAUAUCGAGAUAUUCCUCCAGAAGCACAGCAUCUUACCAUGUGAAAAUUGGAAGGAAUCUUAGCAAUUAUCUAUUCUAAUCUCUUUGUUUUAAGGAUGAAAAGGUAUAGAGAAUUAAGUGACUUGCUGAUGUUAUAGCUAGUUAGUAGUAAUAAACUGUGAAAACUUAAAAAGUUAUUGUAUUCCAAAAUUUAUUAUUACACACUAUUAAUUAUACAUUUAGUGAGUCAGUAGGAAAAUCUUUGUAUAUUUUUCAUUCUCUUUGAAAGAGGAAAAAAAAACUGACAGAGCUAGAAUCCUACCACUUGAAUGAAAAUUGCUUGUAGAUAAUGACUAAGUUGUUCAGAAGUCUGAGUAAAUUUUCUCUGAGAAAUGUGAUAUCAUUAAGAUCAGUUUUUAAAGAUUUUAUUUAUUUAUUUGAGAGACAGAGUGAGAAUGAGAGAGAGAGAGCAUAAGAGGGGAGAGGUCAGCGGGAGAAGCAGACUCCCUGCUGAGCAGGGAGUCUGAUGUGGGGACUCUGUCUAUCCUGGGACUCCAGGAUCACGACCUGAGCCGAAAGCAGUCGCUUAACCAACUGAGCCACCUAGGCGCCCACUAAAAUGGUUUUUAAAGAGAACUUCUAGAGAUUAAAAAUGUAAAAGUAUAAUUGCAUCUGGAAUCCAUUUAUUUCAUAACAAGAAGUAUAACAGGUUGCUGAGAUAUCUAAGAUUUUCUAGUGAAAUCCUGAGUUUGUUUAGAUUUCUUCUUCAGUUUUACAGAACAACAGAUGACAGAGUUUUAACUCUCUUGUUGUGCAGAAAUGUCCAAUCAUGAUGGUUGAUAUAAACACCAUAUAGUUUGGUUCUAUAAGCUUAAUUAUGAAAGGCCUCGUAAUAUGCAUGUUUUAGGAAAAUAUUUAGCCAAACACUGGUUUGCAUAUAUGCAGAUAACUUUAUUCUUGAAUAAUGUGGGUGCCAUUCUUGAGUGUCGAAAGUGUGGACUUUUAUUUUUGUUUUGGGUUAUUUUAGAUAUGUAAACUCUGUAAUAGUAUUUUCCUGUUAUCUACUUAAUGCAAAUCUAGUUACACUUUUUGUAAGUAUUUUCAGAUAUAACAUGAGCUUAAGAUACUAUACUAUCUCCUUGUUACUUUUUUUGGUGCAGAUUCUUAGAUUUGGAUUUAUAACAAUAUAAACUAUAAAACUUUUUUUUUUUCUGGAGUGAAGAUGGCAUAUAGAACACGAGUCUGAUCAGUUUCCCAUUCAUAAAACAAAAGACUUCAUUUUUAAUGUAUAUUUUUAUUUUGCCAUAUAUCUUAUUAAUGACACUUAUUAUAUUGUAAUGUUUUAACUUUUAAAUAUAUGAUCCCUUUAUUAAUAAAGUAAAACAGAAAGGGUCUGUAAGGAACACUUAAAUAUUUUUAGUGAUAUUGCUUACACUGAUCAAACCUACAGUGCCAUAUUAAAAUUAAAAGUCAAGUAAACAAAACAUGACCUUAGAGUGAAACAGAUAAUUGUCUUUUUAAAAUGAGGUGCUUUUUAUUUGUGAAUGAGUGGAAAUCAUAUUACAUUUUAAUUCCUAAAUUGAUUUUAGUAGAUAGCAGGAAUCUCUGUGUAGUGGCUUUGUUCAUUUUCUAAUUAAAUUUCUUUGAGUAUUUUAUAAUAAUUUUAAUAUUAACAAAAAGAGUUUAAAAGUAAAUUUAUUUUGGGGCUAUUUUUAGAUUUCUCUUUAAUUUUGUGUUAGAAAUAGAUGAUUUAAAGUGGUUAUGGUCUGUUUAUGAAAGCUAAAUAUUUUGUAUUAUAUUUAAUUUGUAUUUAAUUUGUAUUUGAGUCUAAUUCUAAAUAAAAAGUUUGUACAUUU